AGUCGUGCUGUGGGCUCAAGCGCCGGCGCGGGGUGUUUACUUACUUUGCACGAGCCCGGCUGGCGACGUAGGUCCAAUGGAUCGAUCCAAUGAGCACUCCAGACCUGCACGAUUUACUUGGAGCAGGUCGGCCUUCGCCAACUCUGCGAGCCGAGUGAGCGACGUGAGCCAACAGGGCGCUUGGGCGGGUGCUGGCGGAGCAAACGCCGCGCGUGAGGACCCGCACCAUGACUCCGCUUGGUCCCGGAGGCCGGCCACAACUUCUCAGGUUGUGACCACUCUGGCCAUGGAUCCGGAGAAGGGUGCGCAACUGGAGGUCGAGUUUGUUCAAGGUUGCGGCUAUCGUGUGGAGUCCAUUGGGAAAGAACCAGGGCAGCCCCUCAUGCGGGUUGGAGAUCUGUUGGUGGAGGUCAAUGGCAAGAGCUUGGCAUCGACCUCUGAGGACGAGGCUGAUGAAGUGUUAGCUGCCGAGCUUCGCGAUGGUGUGACACUUCUGCUGGAGAGAGCAUCUGAGGAGAAGGAUCCGGCGCCGGACGAGGCUGAAGUCCCACUCAGUAGAAUGGUCCCGGAGACCCCGCUGGGCGCUGCCAAGCUGCAAGAGGAUGCAGCUCCUCGGCCCCUGGCAGGCUUGUUAAGCAGCCUCUUCAGCUUUGCACCGCCCGAAGAGCCCCAGGCUCCAGCUGGUGAGCAGCCGACAGCCGGUCCAGAGUUGCCACAGGAGGAACAACCUCUCCAUGAUGAGACACUUCCAAGCUGGCCAGAGGAAACACCGGAAGUUGUGACUGCUGUCACCAGCAUGACGGAAGAGCGCCCGGACGAGGCCAUUGAGAAGGAAGAUGGAGAAGAUGAGGAUGCACCGAGCCCUGCUUUUUGGCGAUGUGCCGUUGCAGAAGCACUGAAACAGUCGUUGCCGUACAACAUGAAGGAGGUGAUUGUCUUCGAGUCGAUGCUUCCCGCGGAGAAGAUCAAGGACGACCUCGAUCGGCCGCAAGAAACUGAGCCAAGCGGCUUGGCCGAGCUCGAAGCAGCUAAGCUAGACGAUGCCGGCGCUGUAGAGUCCGAGGACGGAGGUGAAGUCGAAGAGGUGAAGUCGCUCAGGGACUUGGCUGUGCCAUCUAACGCCGAUGAAGCUCCUACUGGAACAGCUGAAUCUUCAGAAGCAGCCUUGGCCAUUCCCACUGUGCGAUGCAAAGUUGCAGAUCUGGGAGAGUGGCUGCAGGAAUUGCGCUUGGAAGAGUACUUGGAUCCUGCGGCGAAGUGGUGCUCGGAGAUGGGCGCCGUGUGUUUGGAGGAAAUCGCCGAGAAUAUCGAGGACUUUGCAGCGGAUGUCGCCCUGAAGCCGAUUGAGCGGCAACGUGUACAGAAAUGGGCUGCACAGAAGCUUCAAGGCAUCGCCCCGAUGCAAAGACUCAGAGAGGCAGAGCUCCAGCCGCUCAGUCGGAAGACCUCUCAACCGGACCGCCGGAGCUCGCAGCGAGGCCUUGGUCUGUGGACCCCGCCGGAGCCCGACGCUCCGCGCGACGCUCGUGCGCUGUGGGCAGAGGAGCCGCGCGAGGCCGCAGCUCCUGUGUACACGGCACGCAGUGUGCGCUUGGCAGUGGAUGCCCAAGGCAACACUGGCUUAGACCUGCGUUUCGAUGAUGACUGGGGCAUCCGGGUGCAAUCCGUGGACCCGCUGCCCGGGCAGCUGGGCCUGGCCGAAGGAGAUUUCAUCGUCGCCAUCGAUGGCUGCUCCUUGCGGCAUAAAAGCCACGAAGACUGCGAUCAGGCCUUCUCGGAGCGGCUGCAGAAUGGUGCCAUUCUCUCUGUUGUGCGGCCCACCGUGUCAACAGUCUCAGCCGGACCAUCAGGAUACAGCUGCAAGAACGAAUCGGUGGUGCCUAACUGGCGAUUGCCUCGGCCCGAUUUUCGGAAUGGUCCCAGCUGGAGUCGGCAGCGACGAGGUGGCCAUGAUGCGAACCGCAUGUGGAACCGCUUCAACCGCGGACCCCCCUGGUGAGGGCCGGGGAAAAAGGCGCC